AUGGAACAAGGUACUGGCAGCAAAGAAACCAACUCAGGCUGUCCAUACUUCUUCAGGCCCAACACUAUCCAGCUGACGAAGAUGGAAUACGCCAUGAAGUCCCUCAGCCUUCUCUAUCCUAAGUCCCUCUCCAGGUACAUGGCAGUGAGCACUUCGGUGGUGACCCAGCAGCAGCUGUCAAAGCCCAGUGCAGAGGCCCCCAGGGCCCGGCCCUGUAGAGUAACCACUGCUGACCGGAGUGUGAGGAAGGGCAUCAUGGCGCACAGUCUUGAGGACCUCCAUGUCAAGGUCCGGGAUACCCUGAUGCUGGCGUACAAGCCUUUCUUCCUGGUGCUGGAGGAAGAUGGCACAACUGUAGAGACAGAAGGGUAUUUCCAAUCCCUGGCAGAUGACACCGUAUUCAUGGUCCUCCACAAGGGGCAGAAAUGGCAGCCCCCAUCAGAACAGAGCACUCAGUACCAGCUCACCCUCUCCCGUAAGCCUGCCAAGAUUGAUGUGGCCCGAGUAACCUUCGACCUAUACAAGAUGAACCCACAGGACUUCAUUGGCUGCCUGAACGUGAAGGCAACUCUCUAUGGCACAUACUCCCUCUCCUAUGAUCUGCACUGCUCCGGGGCCAAGCGCAUCAUGAAGGAAGCUCUCCGCUGGGCCCUCUUCAGCAUGCGGGCCACCGGCCAUCUGCUGCUCGGCACCUCCUGUUACCUGCAGCAGCUCCUGGAUGCCACAGAGCGGGGACAGCCCCCCAAGAGCAAAGCCGCAUCCCUCAUCCCAACCAGUCUGAAGGUGCUGCAGUGA